AUGGAAGGGAGAGCGAGCGAGCGAACCAAUCCCCGGUACUGGCACUGGCCGCACGGGAGGAAACUUUUGCAGGUGCACAUCCUAUGGUCUAGGGACGGAUUUCGACAGAGUUUAUAUAAAACGCGCGUGGCCACGGUUUGUGCACAGUCAGUAUCAGCUCGGCAACCGUGGCGCGUUACGAUGAGGUUCCAUGCACGUGCACUGCUGUUGAUAAGCCUUGCCGUGCUUCUAUGCGCGGCCAGCGGUGAAAGCGGAAAGCACAAGAAGAAAAACAGACGACACGAGGACGAGCGGUCAGAACAGGUUUACUAUGUGGAUCAAAUAGCAUCUGCUUCUGCAAUUUCACCCUGGACAUCGAACCGUAUCAUCGCCAAAACUACUGAAAAUGGUAAGGAGUCCCAGUACGUGAUCAACAUCUCGCCGGACGACGAAGUCAUCAUCCACGAUGACCGGGCGGCAACCGAUCGCACGUCGGACCGUGGCCCGGCGGACGACCAAACUCCGCAGGACUUUGUGCACGAGGCGCUGCGUCUGCGCAAGCAGUACAUGCAGAACGGUCCGGCGAACGGCGGCACUACUCCGCUGCCGGCAAGCUCGUUUGUUGAGUUUACUACAGUCAAGUAUGAUCACUUCGGUCCGAGCAAGGCGCCACCGGAGCGGGAAGCACCGCAGCCACACAUCAUCUACCACAGCAAACCUGUUCCGACGAAACCGGCCACCACCGUGGCUCCUGCGCCAAAACCGUCCGUCAUGCCCACCUACCGGCCAAAGCACAUUAAGCCGAAAACUACCCAACCGAUGCUGGUACACACGGUCACGCCGUACGUGGCGAUCGAGCACGAGCAGCCUGCACCGUUGCCAACGAUGGGCUAUCGGCCCAAAGAGAUGAAGGCACAGGCAGCACCGAAACCGGAGACGGUAGCAAAAACGGCCCAUCUGCCGGCAGGCGGGAAGGCUGCACCGGUCAAGCAGCAGGAUACGGCCGCUUCCAGUGUGUACGUGCAGGCUGUACGGCCGGAUGAGUCAACGUUCGGGAGCAGUAGCUACGCUACGCACCACGAGUCCGGCAGCAGCUACCAGGAGUUCCACAAGUUCACCCCCAACAGUGACACGCAGAGCAGCAGUUCGAUACUGACCGUUCACAAGGUACGACCACCGCUCGAGGUGUACCGUGCCAAACCGGCGAAACACCCGCGGGAAGAAGAGCACCGAGAGUACCAGCCAAAGGGACCGAAAUAUCCGCGCGAAGAAGAGCAUCGGGAGUAUCUGCCCAAGGGACCGAAACAUCCGCGAGAAGAAGAGCAUCGAGAGUAUCUGCCAAAAACUCCCAAACCAAAACCACAAGCACAGGUCCCGGUAGAGCUGGGACGCUAUCGCCCGACAAAAGGUUUUGUGGUUGAGGAGGACCACACGCCCAGCUACCAGCCGGAGAAGAAACAACACUUCGUUUCCGAGGUGACCAACCCGCACGUGAAGUACGAGAAGGAAGUGGAGGAAAAUUUCCUCAAACAACAGCAACAACAGCAGCAUCAACAGCAGCAGCACCAACAGCAGCAGCACCAGUACCAUCAACAGCUGGAGCAUCAGCACCAUCACCAUCAUCACCAUGGCUACGAGACGUCGCGACCUGAAAAGAAGCACAAACCACAGCCUACCGAGGAGCCGCAGUACUACCCUUCCAAGAGCUACCAUCCGAUCGAAACGAUCACGCAGGUGCAGAUGGAACCGGAACCGAUGCCUUCGGAGGAACCGUAUCGAUACAAGCCGGUGAAAUCGCAUCACGUCGAUACGUUCAAGCCAGCAGCGCCGAUUAACUACGAGCUCGAUCCAAGCCCACCGGUGCAGGUGAAGGAAACGUACAUUUACCAUCCUGCCAAGUCGCACCACGUAGAUCCGCCCAAGAAGCAGCCGGAAGUGAGCACGAUUUCGUACCACGGCUCCAAACACUACGAACCCUCCGACAAGCAUCUGUCCGAGGCGGUGUCGCCCGACUUCUUGAAGCUGGCAACGGCGCGACCUGCGAAGCACAAGUACGCCGACCUUCCGAAACCUUCGCCCGCACCGAGCUACUCCAAGGUGACCAGCUAUCCUACGCUGCAAUCUACCAGCUCGCAGCGCGAGAAACCGACCUACGAUCCGUACAAGUAUCGUCCCAGUCCCACGCCGGAAGUGUCCAGCGUUGGGCAUGGAUUCCAGAAGAUCUCAUCCUCGCCGGCCUCGUUCCCGAAUUACAUUCCAGCAAAGAUUGGAGAGGCACAAUCCGAUGCCAGCACACCGUACAGCUACAAGCAGGGCCAGGUGGCGCCGGCCGAGACCUUCGCCAGCUACGUGCCCUCGUCUACGCCGGAAUCGUUCAGUGUCGGUGUGUCGCAGGACUACCCGAAGAUGUUCUCCGCAUCGCCAACUCCGUACACCAAGUAUGGGACGGGCAGCGCUGCACCACCAGCGUCCGACACGCUGUACGAGUUCCCGCACAUGAAGGAAACGCCCAAAUCGUUCUCCAAGUUCCAGGAGCCGAAGACGUACGCCAGCAUUCACCCGUCCGAGCAGCCGUUCAAAACGCUCAGCACCACGAUCUUCAUGAAGCCGGCCGUUUCGGAACCGAGCUUUGCGUCCACCGCCGGUAAACCGAUCCAAAACCUUACCACGUCGGUCGGGUUGAACGCUUCGCCGAGUGACGCUACCAAGACGGAGUACUACACCGAUUCCGAGGUGACGACGUACUAUGUACUCCCCAACGGCACUGAGAUCAAGCUCGGAGACGACCCGGCCAAGAUACCGCAGGAGUUCCGCAUCACCUCGGACGAUGCGUCUUUCCUCAGCAGCAACUACUCCACCAAGCUGGCGGAGGACUUUGCGAUGAAGUACAACUGGGACAGUUUGCAUGCGGUCGCCGACGGGGAGUUUUAUCUUGGGUCUGCUUCGGAUGCGGGACUGAAGGCGCUGAUGAAGGAUGCAGCCAAAUCGUCCACUGCCAAGCACCACGAGCCGAUCGAGUACAUCGUGCGGGACAAGAAGAAGCUGAAACCGCUCGUAUUUCCCAAGGUGCCGCACAAACCGAUCAAAACGGUAACGAUCUACAAGUCGACCCACCGGUCGUCGGACGAUAUGGAGGGUGGAUUCGAGCCGAUGAUCGGUGUGCAGCCGCCGAUGGAUAAGAAGAGCGAACUGCCCGGAGGGGACGACGAGUUCUACUACACUAAUGAGGCGGUCGAGCUGGAGGACGAUCCGUCGAAGGCGUCCAAGAAGAAUGCCGUGUUUAUGCCGGGUCAGGGCAUGAUGGGUGGACGAAUGCCCGGACCGGGCAUGAUGCUAAAGCUCGGACCAGGGUCCAUGCCCGUGCGGGAACCACAGGGACCGGCACCGGCCCAGGACAUGGACAUGAGUGCGGAACCGUCGAAAAAGCACCAAUACUUUGUGCUGUACCACAUCGAGGACAAGGAAAAGAAGCCGUCCCGGCCGCAUGUCCCGCAGCCACCGCCAACUCCAGUUGUGCCUAAGCAAGAGAUACACUACCACUACAGCGAGAAGGAGUCGGAAGAGCCGGAGGUAACGCACGAACACUACAACUACCACCACGAGGAAACGAUCGAAGAUUCGGACGACGAUAUUCAGCACCACUACGUCAACCCCAACUACGGUAAGUUCAACUAUCGGCCAAACAUUGCGCACCCAUCGUACCAGCGGCCACUGCGCGACAGUAUGGGCGCUGGCAGCGAAACCACGCUGAAAGUAGUCGAUCCGGAUGCGAAGAAUUCACGCCCGCUCGAGAUCACCAAGCAGGAGUACAUGCGCCACGUACAGAACGCCGUCCUGCGGUACAUGCGCCAGCUGCAGGAGGAGGGCCGUCUGCCGCAGAUUGCGUCCCGCGACUCGGACGACACGCAGAAAGCGUUCGAGGAGAUCGAUCUGGCCGCACUGCUCGGCAAUGGAAAUGGAGGCUUCCCGAAGCAAAAGUUCCCAGCGCUGAACGGGGCGAUGCGUGCGAACGUGCCACCGAGCCCGAGCCACUACAAGCCGAUGAAGUCGGUGCCGAGCUCGUCGACGUACAAACCGACACCGGCCGCGCCCCAGAAUGUGAAGCUGGGCAAGAACACGUACACGGCGGGCAAGCCGCUGAAGGUAGCGAUCGAAAGCAUGCAGGACACGCUCAGCAGCAACGUGGAUCUGACGGUGAAGGGUAACAAGCCGCUGGUGAAGCCGGACCUGUCCGCCAUCGACGUGGGCCAGUCGUACCUGCACGGGUCCACGCUGGAUCAUGGAUCGCCGUCGCCGAAGGAUAGCCACAGCUACGGAGGGUCCAAUGUCGGGGGCGCUUCGCCUAAAACGAAGCUCCAUUUCAACCAGCAGUCGCAUCACGACAUCAACUCGAUGCUAAACGCUAAGGAGGGAGGUCUGCAGGGAUUGCGGCCGAACUUGAAGGGUUCGUAUCUGGACCAUGCGUCCAAUAACUUUGGUUCGAUCAAGGCCGGGUCGGCGAACGUUGGUGCUUCGAUCAGCUUCGGCAAUGGGGGAAUGGGAGGGCAUGGGAAGGGGAUGCAUGCGAGCGAGGAUGAAAACAACAAGAUUGCGCCCGAGGCGCUUGAUGCACCGAUCCAGAUCAUCAACGGUAUUCCAAUAACGAACCCGUACAACAUUGACAUUAACACGCUCAGAUACAUGCUGGGCGGUCUCGCCCAGGCACAAGCGGAGCAGCAGCAACAGCAGCAACACACGCACAAAGAACCGACGCUCAAGCUGAAGGGUUCCAACUGGAUGUCACUGCCGACAAUGGCUAGCCCGACGCAGGUGUUUUCCUCGCACAUACCAACCUACCAGCAUCCCCCAUCGGAGGUAAACAACUACAAGUACAAUGCCAACUUCGAUGCGAGCAACUUCAAGAUAAAGUUCCCGAAGAACGGCAAACCGAAGGGAGCGUCCGGUAGUGUCGGUGAUGCGGCGACCAGCGGCUCGAUGAACUAUGCUGCGUGGGCCGAGUCGCCCCGAGCACCGAACCUGCUGGUGAACGGGAACCACUUCAACCACGGUAAUGGGAAUAACAAUCAAAACCAUGGCAACGGCAACCAGAACCAGAACGGUAUUGUAGGCAACAGCCGCCCGAUGGCGGUACAGAACCAUCACCAUCAUCAGCAGAUGCAACAGCAGCAGCAGCAACAACAGCAGUUCCAACAGCAAAUCCAACAACAAUUCCAACAGCAGCAACAGCAACAACAACACCAACAACAGCAACACCAACAGCAGCAACAACACUUUGUGCAACAACAACAGCAUCAACAGCAGCAGCAAUUUAUCCGUCCCAACAGAGAGUUCAACCCGGAGCUGUACCUCAACCCGAACGGGCAACUGUUCCAGGGGCUGCUGAAGCAGAACCCGAUCAUGAGCAAGAAGGCGGCCACCAGUGACUGGAAGCCGACCACGGUCAAACCAACGACCGGACCCUCCAAGCCGGUCAAGAUUGACACCAGUCUGCGGCCACCGCCACCGGUAGUAAAGGGUUGAGGAGAGGGCGUAGCUCGAACCCUAAACAGCACCACCAUCAAUACCAAAGUCCGAUAGAACCAUCCUAACUACAAAGGCUCCCAAUGCGCUGUGAUCAUGUACUUACACUGUUUUCUGAGCCAGUUGCCAACGUUAAAAGCAUUAUUCAACGCUCGCGAGAUGUUUUUCAACAGCACAGCGGACAGAAGUAUAUAACAGUUGUUGAAAAACAUCUCGCGCAUGUUGAAUAAUGCCUUUAACGUGGAAAGCUGACCCUGUCAGCAGUAUAGUAUUAGCAUGAUGGCUAACGGCAGUCUGCUGAAAGGUGCCGAAAGGGCAGUGGUCGUCCACAGUUUAGGUGAUGAAAUGAAAGUAUUUAGAGACAUUGCAUGCUUUGCAUUGACGCUUCACCAGACCAGUUGCACUGGAUGUUGUUCUAUCAGCUUCCGUUUCUUCUUUUAUUUAGUCGAUAGGGGAAUUAAUUUAUUUUUUACUCGUAAGUUCAUCCUGCUAAUCAUCCUGGAUAGUGGCUGUUCUUUGUAGAGCAUAAAGACAGCCCGACGUACUCACUGUAGCUCACUAUAGAUAUUAGGUAGUAAGUAAAUAAAAGUAUGAUAUAUUGGAUCGAAAUCAGAUCUCUUAUGCUAA